AUGCCGCAAGCUGAUGCUUCGAGGAACGGCAUUGUGAAAAAUUUCCCAAACCGUAGCAAACUAUUUCUGGUAUUGCGUCACGAUCUAAUAUCGAGAGUGUUUCCGAUAAACCAUCGUAGAGUGUUUGCCGGAGCGUCUAGGACUUCACCCGGGAGUAAUGGAAUUAUCCGGCGACGACGUCCAGGUCUUCUUCUUCUGACAACUUGGAACUCAUCUAGUCCAGGCAUAUUUUUAUAUAUGCUACGUAUUGUAUGUUGUAUGUACAAUAAGCACAGUUGGUUCGGAGCACGGAGUAGACGUCUGCUCGAUAAUCUUCGGUUUUUUCCCCAACUUAAUAAUAAUUGUUCCGCCAAAUCGAUUAAGUUGUGACAGCUGAUGGUAAAACGAUGUUGUGUUGUGCGCGGUAGGUAGAAAAGAUUGUUAGGAACAUCAAUACCGCACUUUUCGAUUGUUGA